GCGAUACGCAGCAGGAACAGAGCCUGUUCAGACAGGUGUUGCUGGAGGGGAUGGGGAAGGGGAGAGAGGGGGCACUGAGCACUUGUUAGUGGGGAAUCACUCAGCAGAAGCUGGGAAAUGGCAGCAGCCCCAGGAAGGCAGCUGAAGGGCUGCUCUGAAGGGCACCAUCCAUCUCGAGAGUGAGGCGGUCUCAAUGCGGAGUCCACAGGGACUCCAGUACAGCACCCAAGCGUGCUGGACAGCGAGGCCCUCCCUCCGCAUUCACCCUCACAGCCCGGCUGCCUGCCUGCCAUGCACCAGUAGGGAAGAGCCCUGCCCAAAGGCCCCGGGAGCUCUUCCCAAGCAGAACGUGAUGGGACAUGGCCAACUUGUGCCCACAGGCUGCACCAGCACCCAGGGACAGAGGGACACAGUGGUGGUCAGGUUCCAAAACAGGAAUAUGAAGAAACCCCAGGAGGGACAGCGGCUGCAGCUGGAGUGCCGGACAUACAGAACAACCUGGGGAGCCUCCUGGGUCCGCCUGGACAAGAAUGGGAACCUUCACUUCAUCGUCUCCAGUAACUCUCCGCAUAACACAAUCUUUCAUGGGAAUACGAGAAUAUCUCCGCGCUUUGAGGCAGCAUGGAAAGACAACACCAUUUGGCUGGUGGUGAAGUCCUUCAGGGCACAGGAUGAGGGCAUCUAUUUCUGCAUCUCCAAAAUCAACCAGGUGCUCUCCUUCAGCUCUGGACAACUCGCCUUCCUCCCAGUCGCAAUCACAACAGCAGCACCCACCACACCCACUGCCACCACCCACAGCAGCCAGCUCACCAGCAAGGACACCUCCUGGCACAGCCUGCAUCCAGGUAACCCAGCUGCGGGGAGGCAGGGGCUCUGCCUGCACUGCUGAUU